UAUGGUACUCAUGUGUCACUAUUAUUUUUGCACUUAAAAAGAAAGACUUUUUUUUCAUUUCAAAUUUGGUUUAAUUGUAAAGAACAAUAUGAUCUUAACAUAAUACCAGAUUGUUUACAUUCAAAGGUCUUCCCCUUCAUUAUGGGUUGUCCUGAAUGUUUAAGGUACGUGAAACUGGAAGAACACUGAUUACAUGAAUCACAUUUAUCCCAUAAUUUUUCUUCUUUUUUUUUUUUAUCUUUAUUAACUUGAGUAUUUCUUAUUUACAUUUCGAUUGUUAUUCCCCUUCCCGGUUUCUGGGCCAACAUCCCCCUAGCCCCUCCCCUUCCCCUUCUUUAUGGGUGUUCCCCUCCCCAUUCUCCCCCAUUACCGCCCUCCCCCCAACAAUCACGUUCACUGGGGGGUUCAGUCUUGGCAGGACCGAGGGCUUCCCCUUCCACUGGUGCUCUUACUAGGAUACUCAUUGCUACCUAUGAGGUCAGAGUCCAGGGUCAGUCCAUGUAUAGUCUUUAGGUAGUGGCUUAGUCCCUGGAAGCUUGGUUGGUUGGCAUUGUUGUUCUUAUGGGGUCUCGAGCCCCUUCAAGCUCUUCCAGUUCUUUCUCUGAUUCCUUCAAUGGGGGUCCCGUUCUCAGUUCAGUGGAUUGGUGCUGGCAUUUGCCUAUGUAUUUGCUGUAUUCUGGCUGUGUCUCUCAGGAGCAAUCUACAUCCAGCUCCUGUCGGCCUGCACUUCUUUGCUUCAUCCAUCUUGUCUAAUUGGGUGGCUGUAUAUGUAUGGGCCACAUGUGGGGCAGGCUCUGAAUGGGUGCUCCUUCUGCCUCUGUUCAAACUUUGCCUCCCUAUUCCCUGCCAAGGGUAUUCUUGUUCCCCUUUUAAAGAAGGAGUGAAGCAUAAAAAGAAAGACUUUUUAAAGGGGAGGGGAAAAAAAACAGGGACCAGGGCUUAAAAGUUAAGAACUCAUCCUGCUUUUACAGAGGCCUGAGUUUAGUUCCAGACACCUGUGUCAGGUGACCCCCAAUCUCCAGCUCCAGGGCAUCCCCCAGCCUCCACAGGCUCCUAUACUCACAUGCACGCCCCCAUCCCCAAACACGUGAAUACACGUGACUAAAGAUCAUAAGCUUAUAAAAACCCCUUCCAAGUCUUUUUGUAUCUUUAACAGCACGCUCUCUUUUGGAAGGCAGCUAGAGACUCACACACACUAGGUGAGUGGUCCACUACAGAGCUGUGUCCCCGGUUUUCCUUACCUUUGUAAGGACGAGUCCCACGGUUCUGUUUUGAUAUGAUCUCAUCAGUUAUGGCCCUGGCCCAGCCUGGGCCUGACAUGGGACCUAAGUAAUGAAGUCAUUUCACCUCUGCCUGAUUUCUUAUUCCUCAAAUAAAAAUAUCAACCUGGCCUAACAGAAUAGGUGUGAAUGUGUGGAGGGAGGGAGCGAAGGAGAGAGGGAGAGAGAAACAGGAAGACAGGGAGACAGACAAACAGACAGACACACCCACACACACAGAUAGAGAGACAUAGAGAAACAGGAAGACAGGGAGACAGACAGACAGACACACACACACAUACACACACGCACACACACACACACGCAUACACACACACGCACACACACACACAGAGAUAGAGAGACAUAGAAAAACAGGAAGAAAGAGAGAGACAGCAAAGGAGAGACAGACAAGAGACUAGUUCAGAAUGUGUGUUUUAAAUACUUGUGGUGUGGUUGUCCCUAUUCUUUCUUGUCACACAAUCAUGAUGCACACCUGAAACACAUUUUAACCACUACCCUUCCUGGACCUUAAAUCUUUAGAUGAACACAGUUCUUACUUAAAAUGAGGAUAUUACUGUAUUUAGUAUUUUCUGCAUGGCAUUCCUGACCUCGGAGAAAGCAGCUGAAUGAUAAUGUGGUCCACAGUGGGGUCGCUUCCCAGACUGGUGGUUUUGUAGGCAUUUCUUCACGUGACCAAGAGCAAACUACACUGAAGGUGACGCCCAAACACUGGACUCCAGUGAGCAAUCUCAAAGCGUGGAAUCUCAAACAGGCUUUCUGAUAGCAGCCUGGACUUUUAUCUGCCUAAAAGGGAGGUGGGCGGGAGGAUCACCACCAGGGACGACAACCCCAGGAUAUAGCACUGAGUGUAAAAAGACAUUCUGCAGAUUCGGGAAGGGAUUCAUCCCUGGGAGGACCUUUGCCAGAUGGAGUUAGAGCCAAGGAGGGACCCAGGCAGAAACUGGGCUCGAAACCUGAACUCUCACCAAGGCACACUUGGAAUUUAGCCCCUGGUAAUCUGACCGCUGGUGAAGGUGACCCCAAUAGGGCUGCGAAGUCUCACACACACCCUCAAGGGCCUCCCCAGGAUAGGUAUAGAGGAGGAAGUGGUUCAGGGGUGUGGCUGAGAUCUUGGGACAAGCUCUGCAGUCAAGAAGCCUGGGGAGCCCAAGUGUGCUGGAGAAUCCCGGGACUGCCGUCCCCCUUGCAGAGUGUGCAGUCAUCCCCUCCAGCGUGUUGGGGUCCACUGGGAAGUCCCCUCUUGGGCCAUCCUCAUACAGCCCCUCCCACGGUUUCACCUUUGUCCUCUCUAAUCGCUCGGAUCGGCUCCCAGCCUCCAUGGCUGUGUUUAAAGUCCACCUCUGGGGAACACAGACUGACUGUUCCGAUAAGCCCGGGCACGGGGCUGUGCGUGUCCCCGGGCGUCCAGGGACCCUGGCUGGGGUUGGGGACAAGAGCAGCAGCGAAGUUCUACUUGUGCGAGCAAGAUGAAGCUGCUCUGUGCCUUCUUCCUCCUGUGGCUUGGCCUGGUAGGCAGCCUGGCUCAGAGUGACCCCAGCCCCAAGGGAGAGGAGUCCUACUCUGACUGGGGCCUGAGGCAGCUGCGGGGCAGCUUCGAGUCGGUCAACAGCUACGUGGACUCCUUCAUGGAGCUGCUGGGAGGGAAGAAUGGAGUCUGUCAGUACCGGUGUCGAUAUGGAAAGGCACCAAUGCCCAGACCUGGCUACAAACCUCAGGAGCCCAACGGUUGUGGUUCCUAUUUCCUGGGUAUCAAGGUUCCGGGAAGUAUGGACUUGGGCAUUCCAGCAAUGACCAAGUGUUGUAACCAGUUGGACGUCUGCUAUGACACCUGUGGUGCCAACAAAUACCGCUGUGAUGCAAAAUUCCGAUGGUGUCUCCACUCCAUCUGCUCUGACCUCAAGCGGAGCCUGGGCUUCGUCUCCAACGUGGAAGCCUGUGAUUCUCUGGCUGACACCGUGUUCAACACCGUGUGGACCUUGGGCUGCCGACCCUUUAUGAACAGUCAGCGGGCAGCGUGCAUCUGCGCAGAGGAGGAGAAAGAAGAGUUAUGAAGAUGAGGCGGCUUUUCCAGGCUCGGAGGCACAUCGGGGCUGUUUCAGAGACGGUGGUGUGGUACAAGUCCUGCCCUUUCUUCCAACCCUUCAGAGGUCACGAGCUGGAGAAGGGAAACAGCAGGCCUUGUCCUUUGAGGAAAGUUAAGAAAAAGACACACAGAGUCUGAAGGCUGUUUGCUCUAACACUGGUCUCCCCGGCCGAGAACCAUGUGCCUGGAAAUUCAGUUCUUAGUUGAAAGACAAGCCAUAAGUAGACCCGGCUAUUCCUCGACCUGGUCAUGACAGUCAGAAGCGAAAUCUGGGGGAGCCCAAACAUUGGAGGCAAUGACUUUUCUCUGGCCCGUGUUUCAGUUGCCAGUUGACACCUCACGUUUAAUAAAGCACACUUUUUAGAAAACUCUAAGAGA